GUCGUCGUGUCUGUGUCAGAGCGCCAUCGACAAAUAACCCACAUGUCUGCCCCCGGCGUUCAUCCCUCGCUCGCUCCGAUUUUGCCUCUUCCGGCUUUUAUCUUAAAACUGAUAACACCUACGGGUACUUUGUGGGUCAUGGGGCGUUUCCAGGAAGUAUCCUGUGGGUACCAAUGCCAUCCUGGUGGAACUCGCCCUUUUCAUCAAACUUCUACCCUGAUCCGAUUCCAGCCACUGAACGUCCAGGCAACUCGACAUUAUUCAGCGCUCUUUGCUCGGUAUUGUCGGUGACUAACAACACGUCCAGGUGUGCGGUUGACCUGCCGAUUUGUCGCGUGUGGCGCGACAUCUGCUCGCAUUUUAUUUUGUGCUUAUCCUCCCAUCUUCCGUCAAUUUCAUCUUGUUUUUUGCUUGUCAUUUCCUACUCGACCAUCCUGCCAGGCUGCCAGUCCAUCUGACCAUUAUCACAGAUUCCCUCACUCUUUUUCACCACAAUGGCUACCGCAGUAACAAUGCGGUGCCUUCCACGGGCAGUCCCGCGUUUCCUCCCCUCACCAGCUUCCGCCGGGUCUCCCAAAUUCCAUCUUGCUGCUUCUCGCUCCCAAGCGAACGUCACUCGCCGACUCCUCCAGCGGACCUCUCGACGUCAAUACUCCUCUAGCUCCGAUCCUAGUCCCCCAAAAUCCAAUACCCGGACAAUUCUAGGCGCUGUGACAGCCGCCGCCCUUGUUGCUGGAGGUGCUCUGUUCUAUUAUAGCCCCUCCACCUUCGGUCUUGACUCGCCCUCCCCGGCCGCGCUUCUGAAGCAGGGCAGUGGUGGACAAUCCGCCGGCGUUUUCAAGCCGACAGCCGCCGACUACCAGAAAGUGUAUGACGCCGUGGCACAACUCUUGUGGGAUCAUGAUGAGUAUGAAGAUGGUUCGUACGGUCCCGUCGUUUUGAGGCUGGCCUGGCAUGCCUCAGGCACAUACGACGCAGCGACGGGAACGGGCGGAAGUAAUGGCGCAACGAUGAGAUUUGCCCCCGAAGCUGGCCACGGAGCCAAUGCAGGUUUACAGGUGGCUCGUGACUUCCUGGAACCCGUCAAAAAGCAAUUUCCCUGGAUCUCCUACGGUGACCUGUGGACUCUGGCUGGCGUUACCGCUGUUCAAGAAAUGCAGGGCCCUACCAUUCCAUGGCGACCGGGCCGUCAGGACAGAGAUAUAUCAUAUUGCACCCCCGAUGGGCGCCUGCCCGAUGCAACACAAGGCCAAAACCACAUCCGCGCCAUUUUCGGUCGUAUGGGCUUCAAUGACCAAGAAAUGGUGGCCCUCUCUGGCGCUCACGCUCUGGGUAUGCACUUCCCUUGCCCUGACUGGCUUCUGAUGCAUCAAUGUUAACAAACUUGCCCACCAUAGGCCGGUGCCAUACCGAUCGCUCUGGGUUUGACGGUCCUUGGACUUUCUCGCCCACCGUACUGACCAACGACUACUACCGACUCUUACUUGAGGAGAAAUGGGGCUGGCGGAACUGGAAAGGCCCCAAGCAAUACGAAGACAAAACGACCAAGUCAAUUAUGAUGUUGCCCACAGAUAUGGCACUCGUACAGGACAAGGGAUUCAAGACUCAUGUCCAGCGAUAUGCAGCAGACGAAAAGGUCUUUUUCAAAGAAUUUUCCGACGCUGUCCAGAAGCUCUUCGAGCUCGGCGUCCCCUUCACCGUACCCGAGACCGAGAGAAUCACCUUCACCCUGCAUUCCGAUAGCUCAUCAUAGCAUGCCAGAAUUUUGACAAGUUAGAUCUUCAUGUCAGUUUACCCCAAGCAUCAUGGCAGCGUCUAGGUUGAGCAGGUUGCACGAAUAUUGACACCGUCAAGGCAAGGAUCAAUCUGGCCAUGGCGUCUAUCGGGGAGACGGCUCUGUUCCAUAGUGUAUCUGUAUUGCCUCGGUUGGCUACCUUAAUCAAUGACCAUAGCAUUUCUCGUCUUUUCGGAGAUUUCUACGGCGAGAUCUAGAAUCUGGGACCACUAAUAUUGUGACAAGACUCGUGAUCUGCUUGACAUGGCUACUCCAUG